AUGGCAAGCAACCAAACAUCCCUCAAUGAUGCCAAAUUCGCUCUCCCUAUUAACGAUGUUGAGCAACAGGCAAAUCUAGAGAUUGAAACCGGAGACUUUGACUACUCAAAACGAGCACAAUGGCUACGAGCUGCAGUCCUUGGAGCCAAUGAUGGUUUGGUCUCCACCGCAUCAUUGAUGAUGGGUGUGGGGGCUGUGAAACAAGACAUUAAAGCCAUGAUACUGACAGGGUUUGCCGGUUUGGUAGCUGGGGCUUGUAGCAUGGCAAUAGGUGAGUUUGUGUCUGUCUACUCACAACUGGAUAUUGAGUUGGCCCAAAUGAAAAGAGACAAACAAAAGAGAGAUAAUGGAGAGAAAGAAGGGGGAGAGAAGGAUAGUUUGCCAAAUCCAUUGCAAGCAGCUGCAGCUUCAGCUCUUGCCUUUUCAGUUGGUGCAUUAGUGCCAUUGCUAGCUGCUUCUUUCAUAAGAGAGUACAAGGUGAGGCUAGGAGUUGUUGUUGCGGCUGUGACCUUGGCUUUGGUGAUCUUUGGGUGGUUAGGGGCUGUGUUGGGCAAGGCACCAGUUGUUAGGUCAUCACUUAGGGUUUUGGUGGGAGGAUGGUUGGCUAUGGCUGUCACCUUUGGUCUAACCAAGUUGAUUGGAUCCAGUGGACUGUGA